ACCCACGCCUACAAAGGGUGCCAUUCCCCUAACUAAACACGGCUCACCCCGGUUUCCACCAUCGGUGUCACUUCCUGACCAAGUCCAAAAUGGCGCUCAGUAGCCUCACCGGAGGAGCGAACCUCCCAGCAUCCUCUCUGACCCGCAACGUCAGGUGACGCGAACCCCAGCCGGAAGUAGAGGAAAAAGCGCCUCAGCCCGCGGCGCCUGCGCAGAAGGCUGUAGACGCUGUGAAGCAGGAGGCACUUGGGAUCGUACGCAGGAUUGGGACUGCUACAGAGGCCGCCACGGAGCCCGCCGGAGCCACCGUUCCUACUGCUGCUGCCGCCGCUGCCCGAAUCGGAACCGUCGGGCCGCAGCCGCCGGCAAUGCCGCGAAGGAAGAGGAAUGCAGGCAGUAGUUCAGAUGGAACCGAAGAUUCCGAUUUUUCUACAGAUCUCGAGCACACAGACAGUUCAGAGAGUGACGGCACAUCCCGGCGAUCUGCCCGCGUCACCCGCUCCUCAGCCCGACUAAGCCAGAGUUCCCAAGAUUCCAGUCCUGUUCGAAAUUUGCAGUCUUUUGGCACUGAGGAGCCUGCUUAUUCUACCAGGAGAGUGACCCGUAGUCAGCAGCAGCCUACCCCAGUGACUCCGAAAAAAUACCCUCUUCGGCAGACUCGUUCAUCUGGCUCAGAAACUGAGCAAGUGGUUGACUUUUCAGAUAGAGAAACUAAAAAUACCGCUGAUCACGAUGAGUCUCCACCUCGAACGCCAACUGGAAAUGCCCCUUCUUCCGAGUCUGAUAUAGACAUCUCCAGCCCCAACGUUUCUCACGAUGAGAGCAUUGCCAAGGACAUGUCCUUGAAGGACUCAGGCAGUGAUCUCUCUCAUCGCCCCAAGCGCCGCCGCUUCCAUGAAAGCUACAAUUUCAAUAUGAAGUGUCCUACACCAGGCUGUAACUCCCUAGGACACCUUACAGGAAAACACGAGAGACAUUUCUCUAUAUCAGGAUGCCCUCUCUAUCAUAAUCUCUCAGCUGAUGAAUGCAAGGCACCAACAGAGAGGCAGUUGCGAUAUAAGGAAAAGGUUGCUGAACUCAGGAAGAAAAGAAAUUCUGGGCUGAGCAAAGAACAGAAAGAGAAAUAUAUGGAACACAGGCAGACCUAUGGGAACACUCGGGAACCUCUUUUGGAAAACCUGACUAGCGAGUAUGACUUGGACCUUUUCCGAAGAGCACAAGCCCGGGCUUCAGAGGAUCUGGAGAAGUUAAGGCUGCAAGGCCAAAUCACAGAGGGGAGCAACAUGAUUAAAACAAUUGCUUUUGGUCGCUAUGAGCUUGAUACGUGGUACCAUUCUCCCUAUCCUGAGGAAUAUGCACGACUGGGACGUCUUUACAUGUGUGAAUUCUGUUUAAAAUACAUGAAGAGCCAAACAAUACUCCGCCGACACAUGGCUAAGUGUGUGUGGAAACACCCACCCGGAGAUGAGAUAUAUCGCAAAGGUUCAAUCUCUGUGUUUGAAGUGGAUGGCAAGAAAAACAAGAUCUACUGCCAAAACCUGUGCCUGUUGGCCAAGCUUUUUCUGGACCACAAGACAUUAUAUUAUGAUGUGGAACCCUUCCUGUUCUAUGUUAUGACAGAAGCAGACAACACUGGUUGUCACCUGAUUGGAUAUUUUUCCAAGGAAAAGAAUUCAUUCCUCAACUACAAUGUAUCCUGUAUCCUUACCAUGCCUCAGUACAUGAGACAGGGCUAUGGCAAGAUGCUCAUUGAUUUCAGUUAUUUGCUUUCCAAAGUGGAAGAAAAAGUUGGCUCCCCAGAGCGUCCACUCUCAGAUCUGGGGCUCAUAAGCUACCGCAGUUACUGGAAAGAAGUGCUUCUUCGUUACCUGCAUAAUUUCCAAGGCAAAGAGAUUUCUAUCAAAGAAAUUAGCCAGGAGACAGCUGUGAAUCCUGUGGACAUUGUCAGCACUCUGCAAGCCCUUCAGAUGCUCAAAUAUUGGAAAGGAAAACACCUAGUUUUGAAGAGACAGGACCUGAUUGAUGAGUGGAUAGCCAAAGAGGCCAAAAGAUCCAACUCCAAUAAAACCAUGGAUCCAAGCUGUUUAAAAUGGACCCCUCCCAAGGGCACUUAAAGUGACCGGUUACUCCGAGCCAGCGAACCCCAGCAGUAGGAAUCCGUACCCUAGGGAUCUGUCUGUCAUUUCUGUUGCUCUUGUGAUUGGCAAGUACAGUAUCCUUUGGGAAGGCCAUCCCCCUCAGGACUGUCCUGGCUCCGACCUUCGUGUACACUGCAGACGCUGGUUCUGAGGAACUGUUGUUUCGGCCUCAGUGAGGUUGCCUGGAUGGGAUCUGUAUUAGACUUGAGUGCAGAUCCCUCGUAGCACUGACCCAAGGUGUUCUGUUUUGGUACUGUACCUGUCCAGUCACUGGUUCUCUCCUCUGGCCCCAUGAGGUUGUGUCGUGUCUUCUAAACUUUGUAAUAGUGCUUCUUCUUGCCGCCCAGUCACCAGACCACCAACUACGGUUACUGCCACCAGGACAUUCCCAGUUACUCCUUACCUGUGUUCUUGGAGGGGCAGGGAAGAGGUAACACUUCUGAGUGUGUGUGUGUGCUGGGAGGGGUCCCUUCCCUUUGGAUUUCAUCUCACUUUAAGUUUUUUCCUCCAUUUUAACUGAAAGACCUGUUUUUGAUCAGUAUCAGGCUGACCAGAGCCAAAUACUUUUUUUUUUUUUUUUUUUUUUUUUGCAGUACGCGGGCCUCUCACUGUUGUGGCCUCUCCCGUUGCGGAGCACAGGCUCCAGACAUGCAGGCUCAGCGGCCAUGGCUCACGGGCCCAGCCGUUCCGCGGCAUGUGGGAUGUUCCCGCACCGGGGCACGAACCCGCGUCCCCUGCAUCGGCGGGCGGACUCUCAACCACUGCGCCACCAGGGAAGCCCCGAGCCAAAUACUUUUGAAGACUCGCAGGGAUUAGUCUUGGUUACAGCACAUUAUCUGAGUGAGAUGGAGAAAAGAAUGGAGAAGUGGUGAUUCUGUAUUUGGAUUUGAGUUCACCUGUGGGCAGUGGGCAACGUCUUGGUGGAAGGGAAUGGAAUACUACUUUUUGCCUCACCAGAAAGUGCCCAGUGGUAAAUGUUUUCUUCUCUUUACUCCCUGCCCGUCUUUACGUUUGCAGGUGCCAAAAUACUUUCCAGUUCUCCCUUUCAUGCUGCAUGUUAACUGGUUAAUUAUACUGCAGAAACCUUUUCACCAGUACCAGUCUGAUAUAGCAUACCUAUACUUCCACAUAAGUUACACUGCUUUUGUCUGAACAUCCUUGGAGAAGUGAUUGAAAAUGACUUCCGUGUCUCAGCCCAUGACUCAGCAAGGCAGAAUGGCCACCCCUGCCAAGGUUUGCUUCCCUUUUCAACAGUGCCUCACCCUCCCUCUAAGACUGAAGUGCUUACGCCCUUCCAAGAACUCCUCCUCCAUUUCCUUUUUGGGAUUUACCACCAUCCCCCCAUUCUCUGGUCUCCUAUUUUUGGUGGUGUUUAAGUGAAGGAAGAGAUGCUCCCUCUAAUUUCUCUCUAGCCCGUUAUAACCUGCUAUCUUGGGGCAGCUUUUGAUGUAUGACAUGUCACCCUUUCCAACUUGGUCUCUACAACACCGCUGUCUUCAUGUGGAACCCUCACCACAAUCCCAACUCUGGUCAUUUGUGCCUUUCUCUUGUCAUCUUUGUACACUACUUAUAUUCACUGUGGGUUGGGGGGAGCUAAUUUUAAGCAUGUUCAGUGGCAGCUCCCUGCCAGUUUCAGUGUCACUGUUAAAAUUUAUCCAAAAGCAACUUCACUGGGGGUUUUCUUAAGGGGUAAAGGCCUUUUACAGAAGCUAAUCCUUCCCCACAUGUGGUAGAAUGUGCUGUUCUAUAUCUACUCCUCAAUAAAGCAUGUUCUCUGCUCAA